AUGUCCAUCGUGGUUCACACAGCGGAAUCGGUGUCUGAGUCUUCGUCGUCCGUCGGCAAGCAACACAUUCCAGUCUUCAAGUCCGAGAUGGGAGGCGAAGAGACGCACGAGGAGCACGCCGCGGGCACCAUGACGCCUCCCAAUGAGGAGGAGCUGUGGUGGUCCCGCGUGCGCGAGAACCUCCAGGACGGCUUUUCCGAGUUCUUCGGCACCAUGGUCCUCAUCAUGUUCGGCGACGGCGUCGUCGCCCAGGUCGUGCUCAGUAAUUCGACAAAGGGUGACUACCAGAGUAUCUCCUGGGGCUGGGGACUGGGCGUCAUGCUGGGCGUCUACGUCGGCAAGAAAUCCGGCGGCCACCUCAACCCGGCAGUGACACUCGCCAACUGCGUGUACCGCGGCAUGCCCUGGCGCAAGUUCCCCAUCUACUUUAUCGGCCAGCUGCUCGGCGCCAUGGCCGCCGCCUUCAUCCUCUACGGCAACUACAUGUCCGCCAUCGACAACUUCGAGGGCAAGGGCAUCCGCACCGUCUCCGGCCCCAACGCCACCGCCGGCAUCUUCUGCACAUACCCGGCCGAGUUCAUGACGCGCACCGGCAUGUUCUUCUCCGAGUUCAUCUGCUCGAGCCUGCUCCAGCUCGUCAUCUUCGCCCUCGCCGACCCGGCCAACGGCGCCGCGGGGCCUUUCAUGCCGCUGUGCCUCUUCUUCCUCAUCUUCGGCAUCGGCGCCUGCUGGGGCUGGGAGACCGGAUACGCCAUCAACCUCGCUCGUGACUUUGGCCCCCGCCUGGUUUCGUACAUUGUCGGAUACGGUCCUGAGGUGUGGUCCGCCGGUGGAUACUAUUUCUGGAUCCCCAUGGUCGCCCCCUUCUUCGGCACCCUCUUCGGAGGCUUCCUGUACGACGUCUUCCUCUACACGGGCGAGAGCCCCAUCAACAGCCCCUACUUUGGCCUCAAGCGCCUCUUCCAGCCCCGUCGUGAAGUCUGGUCCAACACGUAUAACAGCAAGGUAUAA